CGUCGCCUUGUCGAGUCAUCGCCAGAGCAGAGCAGCGAGCAGACGGAGCCGCCGUCCUAUGGCUUGAAAACGGGGAAUAACUGUGGAUCACGGCGGGUUUAUUGCGCCACACAAGCCAAGAGGAGCGACACGGCGGUCACGGACACGGACUGGAUGUUGACGCGGAUGUGGAUACAGCAUCUUUGAGUGAGACCGUUGCCGCUUCGGUCGCGGUUGCAGACCCGGACACAGACAGCACGGAGACAGACAGAGGAGAAGUACCAGAACCGCCGCGACACCAGCGAGCGAACUUGGCUUCUCUGCCCGGUGGGAGGUGUCUGUCUGUCGGCUGCUGCUCACAUACCGCCUCGCUGUUCGGACACGGUUGUAGCCUAGCUAAGUUAUGUUUCUGUAAAUAGCUUCUUUCUUUUUUUCUCGGGGUUUUCGGCAACCAACUGUGGCUUUAAUGUGACGCACUAUACUGACAUUUGUGGUGCUGUCGGAGCGGACCCCCUCUGCAGAGGAGUUACAGGCUUUUAAAUCAAGUUUUUACCUCCAUAUUUCUGCAGUGCCAACACAGCCCACACCAAUGUAAGAGUGACAAGGACCGAAGCAGAUCAAGCUAGGCCAGGCUAGGCCAGGCUAGGCCUACCUAGCCCUCUGUCUGGCCUUACCAGACAGGCCAGCGACCUCUCCAGGGGAGUCCUAUCUUCAGCGAGCAGAGGCGCCUUCUCUUACAGAAACUUCACCAGACCUCCAAAUCGAGCUGUAACAGAUUGGAUUCCAAUCAUAUUUUCCUUUAUCAGCCUUUGGGAGGCCACGCUGGUCUGUUAUAUCUCCAGUCCUUCCAUGUCGUGGAUGUCCCUCUCUGGAUGUUGGCAACAGGAUGGAUUCGGGUGUUAAUUUGACGGUUGUCACCACAUUGCAGUGCUUGCACCCCCCCUCCUUUCACUGGCUUUCAUCCCUUCCCUCCCCAAUCUUUAAGCAAAAGCCCCUGCCUCUUUCCUGGGGCUUCCCUGAGCCCUGCACAGAAGGGCCUUGUAGGAACUCCUGGUUGUCUUGUUGAAGCACUUGACAUUGCGAAGCGAAAGUAGAGUUACCCAUCCCUUUUUUUUUUCCUGGAGUUCAUCUGAGGUUAUAGGGCUUUCAUUUGAAAAAAAAGAGCCUGCUAGUAGAUAUUUGUCUUGUACACAUAGGUUGGUGUGAUUACUCAGAUAAAAUAAGUCCUUAUUUAUACGUACAGAAUUCCUUUGUUGUGGUCUAAGCCUCGUGGAAGAAUGUCUGAAAGCAACAGCAAAGCAGUGAAAUUCAUUGCCCCGACCCCCCCUCCUCCCUCUGCUUCCCCCUGUCCAUCACCCCAGACCCCCCAUAAGAAUGUGAACGGCUCUGCUAGUUCAGACUCGCAUGUGGUGGAGAAGCUCAGCGGACACCCAGAGGUCCAACGUCGGCGCCACACCAUGGAUAGAGACUCAAAAAUAGCUGAGCACCGUUUCUUCCGCCGGAGUGUCAUCUGUGACUCCAACGCCACAGCUCUGGACCUGCCCAGCAAAGCAGCUGUGAUACUCACCUCACCACCGGACUGUGAAGGGCCUCCCACCUUCUUCCCUCCACAACCCUCAGGUCCUGGACCUGGGGUUUGCGAAGUUGAAGGUGGGGAGGUCCAGAGAGGUCCCUACGUGCAAGGCUUGGCCCUUCAACCUGGUCUUGGGCUCGUUGGGGCAGUUGCAGAGGCGCAGAUAGAAGAUGCUGAGGAAGUUUUUAGUGAGAGCAGUAUCACAGUUCCUGUUCCCACCAGCAGUAUUGUUAAAGAACAGAGCACAGAGGGGGCGGUAAAAGAGCCCAGCCCGACAGUAUUGGAUGUUACUGAGAAAACAGCAGGCAAACAGCCUGACGUCACAUUGCGUCCCAGAGGGUCGGAGGACACACAACAGGUAGCAAAAGACGGGAAAGCGACAGAACAUGUGAGCAGUCCGACCGAGGAGAAAGAGAAGGAGACGGAGGAGGAGAAGGGGCUCGCCAAAGCACGGGCGGAGCAGAGGGAGGCCGAGAAACGAGUACAAGAGGAUAUAGAGGAGGUGGAGACAAAAGCUGUGGGGACUUCACCGGAUGGGCGCUUCCUAAAAUUCGACAUCGAGAUCGGAAGAGGGUCGUUUAAGACCGUGUACAAGGGCCUGGAUACAGAGACUACUGUGGAGGUGGCGUGGUGUGAACUCCAGGAUCGUAAGCUGUCCAAGUCGGAGCGCCAGCGCUUCAAAGAGGAGGCCGGGAUGUUGAAGGGUCUCCAGCAUCCUAACAUUGUCCGCUUCUAUGACUCCUGGGAGGGCCCAUGCAAAGGAAAGAAAUGUAUUGUUCUGGUCACGGAGCUCAUGACAUCUGGCACGCUAAAAACCUACCUGAAGCGUUUCAAGGUGAUGAAAAUCAAGGUCCUGCGUUCCUGGUGCAGACAGAUCCUCAAAGGCCUUCACUUUCUGCACACCAGAGCCCCGCCCAUUAUUCACAGGGACCUGAAAUGCGACAACAUCUUCAUCACGGGGCCCACGGGCUCGGUGAAGAUAGGGGACCUGGGUUUAGCCACACUUAAGAGGGCUUCCUUUGCCAAGAGUGUCAUAGGAACCCCAGAGUUUAUGGCUCCAGAGAUGUAUGAGGAGAAGUACGAUGAAUCCGUUGACGUCUACGCCUUCGGGAUGUGCAUGCUGGAGAUGGCAACCUCAGAGUACCCCUACUCUGAAUGUCAAAAUGCUGCCCAGAUCUACAGGAGGGUUACUAGUGGAGUGAAGCCUGGCAGUUUCGAUAAGGUGGCCAUUCCUGAGGUGAAGGAAAUUAUAGAGGGCUGCAUCAGAACAAACAAGGAUGAGAGGUAUGCUAUAAAGAUACUGCUGAACCAUGCGUUCUUCCAGGAGGACACGGGGGUCAGGGUUGAACUGGCAGAAGAGGAUGAUGGGGAAAUGAUCGCCAUCAAACUGUGGCUCAGGAUAGAAGACGUCAAGAAGCUCAAAGGCAAAUACAAAGACAACGAAGCCAUCGAGUUCUCUUUUGACCUGAACAAGGACGUCCCUGAAGAUGUGGCCCAGGAAAUGGUUGAGUCUGGCUACGUUGCCGAGGCUGACCACAAGACCAUGGCCAAGGCUAUCAAGGACCGCGUGUCUCUGAUCCGAAGAAAGCGAGAACAGAGGCAGCUGGUACGAGAGGAACAGGAGAAGAGAAAACUGGAGAUUGAACAACAACAGCUGCAGCAACAGCAACAGCAACAACAACAACAACAACAGCAGCAGCAGCAGCAGCAGCAACAGGAGACACACAAAUCUUCACACACACAGGUAGAAGCAGAGGAGACGGAGGUGGAGCAGCAGCAGCUUCACUAUCAGCAGACUGGCAUCUCACACACAUCUGAAGGAGGUCUGGACAGCGGCCAAGGUUCCUCCGUUUUCUCCUCAGACUCCCCCCCCCCGGGUCAGCUGACCAUGUCGUACAGCUGCCCCCCCUCCUCCCACCCCCCUUCCCAGCCCCAAACCCCCUACCCCUCCACCCCCUCUGCUAACCCACAGCAGCACCCAGGCUAUGCCCAGCCGCCGCAGCAAAUGCAGCAUUCAAUGCAGCACUCGUACAGUGCAGGAGGAAGUGCAGGAGGAGCAGGAGCAGGAGCAGGAGCAGGAGGGAGCAUCCCCCUCCAAACUCUCCCAGACCCCCCUACUAUUUUCUUUCCCUCCAUCCCCGAGCGCCCCAUUUCCUUCUCACCUCCUCCCACUGGGCCUCCUAAAGCCUACAACACCCAAAGACGCAAGAGCACGUCCAUUCUGGAGGCACACACCCGACACUUCCAGCCUGCCUACCCUCGUUAUGGGAGCAGCCUGCAUCCCUUCUCUGGAAUGGAGGGUGGUGAGCCCCCCUCUCUCCUCAUGGUCAAUCCUGGUUUUGCAGCAGCUGCUCAAAGACUUGGUGUGGGGGAGCCGCUGCAUCUCCAAGGACAAUCCGACCCAAGUUUGUACGGCUAUAAAGACAUGAGAGCCGAGCAUGAGGAAGCAGUGAGGAGAUUAAGUCUAAAUCAAGCUGCCUUAUUGGACCAUUAUGAAGCAAUGGCGUAUGGAGGAUACCCAAUGACUGCACACCAGCUUGGCCACUUGAGUUUCCAUCAGCAGAGGCAAGCAGCAGCUGCAGCUGCCGGUUUGGGUUAUGAGCCCGUCCCUCCACCUCAGCCAGGGUUCCUGCACUCACACUUAAUGCAAAGAAUGAGUGCACACAGCCCAAUCCCUCCCAUGAGUGCGCCCACUGGUGGCUCCUCGUCAUCAUCUGACGGCUGCUAUCCUCCGCCACAGCACGCCUCCUCUUCUGCUUUCUCUAUUUCAGCUCCUGCAGUAAUGGCUGAAGCCCCACCACAAACUGGAAGUGUCUUUGAGUUCCAUUUAGCUGCAGCCGCUGCCGCUGCAGCUGCUGCUGGAGACCCAAACCUCCUGGCAUCCAGACUUUACCGGGCCAGACGGAGCUCCAUGGACCUCCCUCUGGAGGACAACACCGGAACUGGAUCAGGUGGUUCAGGCACGUACAGCCGUCUCCAGCCGGUGACAGAAGAGUUGUACGCAUAUGUCAGUCCUGAGCUCCCCUUACCUCCAGGAAGUCUUCUUCUUCACCACAUAAGUGCGGCCACUAAAGACAGAAGCCCAGAACCAUCCAGUGACUCUAUGGCGUCCUCUGACGCCGGAGAGUUCCAGUCACCUCCUCCCCCACCUCUCUCUGCUCCCUUUGACUCCUCAGCCGCUCAAUCCAUCCCUCACUCGUCCUCCACUGCGCUCUACGACUCACCUGGAGCAGCGUUCCCCAUAGAUCCCCAGGGACACCCACCCUCCAUGCAGGGCUUCCUCCCUGCCACUCCAUCCACUGAGCUUGGGGGAGCACCACCGACCCAGCUGGAGUCUCUGAUCCAGGGUGCCUGGGCUCGGCAUGGAGGGGUGGUACCAGCACAGCCGGAUAUGACAUACCAUGAGUCAUUGCUGGCUAUGCAGGCUGCUAACCCCGCUCUGCAGCAGGUUCAGGUUCCCACCCCUCAGCCCACUCCAGGACCCCCUCUGGUCCCUGCCACCACCCAGCCAGCUCCUCCUGGGACCUCCCAACAGGUUUCGUCCAGUCACAGUAUUACAUCAGUUCAGAGCCCCACACACUCCUCUCUGUCGCAGGCGUCUUCACAGCCCAGCGUAACUCCGUCUACCGUUUCCUCGGCGACCCUGCCCUCUCCGUCGCCAUCCCUCCCUGUUUCCAUGCCGGCAGCGGCCGUGGCUUCCCCUCCCUCUACUCUGCCACUCCCUGUCAGGGUGGUGCCUACUAUUGUUUCCCCUCCUUCUCCUCCUCCCCCUCCCCCUCCUCCUCCUCCUCCUCGUGUGUCCACACCUGUGCCUCGGCCAUUGGCCACCGUGGUGCCAAUCAUCAGUGUAGUCACCACCCCGCCUGAUAAUGUGAUGGAAGCCCUGCCCCAGUCGGCCUCUCAGUCUUCAGAGCUGUCCCAGUUGCAGCUACAGCCACCUCAAGUUCUGUCAUCCAUAGAGAGUGGCCACUCUGAGAUGUCAGGCCUGAGUGACGGCAACGAGGGAGGAGGAGGUCGCCACGAAGGGCGCUCCACCAAGCGACACCAGAGGCGUUCUGUGCGAAGUCGCUCACGCCAUGAGAAGAUCUCCAAGGCGAAACUCAACGUCCUCAAUAUCUCCAACAUAGGAGACAGGGUAGCAGAGUGUCAGCUGGAGACCCACAACAGGAAGAUGGUGACCUUCAGGUUUGACCUGGAUGGAGACAACCCUGAGGAGAUUGCCCAGAUUAUGGUCCAGAGUGAGUUCAUCCUGGAGAGUGAGAGGGAGUCGUUCAUUGAGCAGGUCAGAGAGGUGAUAGAGAACGCAGAUGAGAAGGGUCUGGAGAGAGAUGCAAACAGCCAGAUGGCAGGUGAUAUGGCGCAGCAGAUUCCUGCUAUAUCUGUCCCCAUGCCAGACAUCCCUCCCAGUGCAACAGCACAAGUGGUCCACUCAGCAGGUCGGAGGUUCAUCGUCAGCCCCGUACCUGAAGCCAGGCUGAAGGAACAAAUGUUUCCUACGUCUCCUCCUGCCCCUGCACGUCCAACUGAAACAGUUCCUCCAGCUGCAGCUCCAGCUCCAUCCCACACUCCCGGCCAAGGUGUUGGGUUGUCCCAGUCUGCUGGAGCAAUCAGCUUGCAACAAGCCUUCUCUGAGCUCAGACAGAACCAGACUCAGCUCGAUACUGGACCCAGCACCGCCCCACCUGCCAUCCACUCCACCCAACCUCCUCUGCAGCCUGCAGCAGCGUCUAUCCCUGCACAAGCUAGCACAGUCACUCCUGCUGCAGAUCCAACUGCUGGACUUGUUCCCUCUACUUUAAACCAGGCACAGGAGCAGGUGUUGGAUGCGACUCGUUCUCCCCCUUCGUCCUCCUCAACCCCCUCCUCUAUGCCUGCUGUGUGUCUCAGCCCUCCUUGUUCCUCGUCCCCUCCUCCCACUGUGGUGAACCAGUCCAUCCUUCAGUCGCAGGCACUUCCACAGGCUGUGUCCCAACCCCAGGGACAGGUGCAUGUCCAGGGGCAAGCACAAAUCCAGCCCCAGGCUUUCACCCAGCCUCAGGCUCAAACUAUCUCUGCUGUCAUUGCUACUUCAGUUGCCUCUACUCUACUGCCUGCCAGCAUCCCCCCAACAAUGCUCACCUCCCCUCCUCCCAGCCAGGCUCUUCCUCUUGUAUCCUCCCCUCCCUCCUCCACUCUUCAAGCCAGUGAAGUCUGUGCCGAUCAUCCUUCAGUCUCUUCCACCUCCUUCUCUACUCCUUCCCUCUCUUCCACUGUCAUCCCCACCACUGCCAUCCCAGGCCCCCAGCUUGUUCCCUCCACCGCCAUCUCCCACUCCACUCCACCUCCCUCCACCUCCUCUGCUGUGGGGCUCCAGCCAGUGACUACCAAUGUUCCCUCAGUCCAACCGACCUUGGUCCACUCCCAGCCACAGACGGCAGCCCUGCCUGGGCAGACGCACACACACUGUGGGGAAUGUGAUGCAAGGUGUGAGGCAUUCACCGAGUCCCAAGGCAAACCUGACGACAUCCAAGCUCUGGAGAAGAAGCUGCGGUCUCUCUUCAUGGAUCUCGGCGGAGGGGUGCCGUCCACCCAGGGAGACAUCUUAGCUGCUGACCCUGCCUCCGGAGCCUCUGUGGCAGGUACCUCGUCCCCAAUGGGCCCCUGCUCUACCUCCAGCACAUCUGUCACCACACCUGGCUCCAGCCAGUCGGUCAAUCCUCCUCAACCCCCAUCCAGCCUGUCACUGGGGUCACCUGCUCCAAUCCAGGGCCCUGGAACACCGAUAUCCACCCCUGCGCCAAUUGUCUCUUCAGUCAUCCCUGCUUCAUCCUUUGGCCAGACCACUCCAUCCAAAACUCCUGUAUCCAGGGUACCGGCCAGUUCUCCUCCUUCAGAACUCCUGCCAUCCUUCCCUGGACCUUGUCUAAUACAGUCCCAGCAGCCUUUAGAGGACCUGGACGCUCAGUUAAGGAGAGCGCUGAGCCCAGAGACUGUUCCUGUCAGCACACACACACAGGCCUCUCACGGUAGCAUACCUUCAGUGGGACAACCAAUUCCUUUCUCUCUGGAGGAAGCAACUGCUCCUCCUCAUCCUGCAGGUGGAAUUAAACUGGGAAGAUUUCAAGUGUCAUUGGCUGCUGAAACGCCUCCUGCCCAACGCCCGGCUUGCACUGAAUCUUCCUCCACCACCUCCUCCUCCUCAUCUUCUUCCUCCUCGUCCUCCUCCACUCUCUCCAGCCCAGAGAACACACUGCACAAGGACUCCUCGUCUCCUCUGAAAGGGGGAGGAGGAAAGGGAGGAGAUGUUGUAGAUGGACUCCCGCAACGUACUCUGGGAGUGCCCCACCAACCCUCCCCCCUCACCUCGCCCUGCCCCUCUCCUAAGCCCACCACGACCAUCGGGCGCUUCCAGGUUACCACCAACACAGAGGCCCGUGUCGGUAGAUUCUCAGUGAGCCGUGCCCAGGAGCAGAGCCUUGAGCCCAAGCAGACCCCUCCACCCGCCACUGCCCAGGCUGCUAAUGGACCCAGUAAUCCUGUGCAGAUUUUGAGUCCAGAUUGGACUCAUAAAGCCUCGCUGCCGAGUCUAAACAACAACUCCUUUAAUAACUCCUACAUCAGCAGUGACAACGACUCUGAAUUUGAGGACGAGGACUUCAAACGGGAAGUCAGCCACCUCAGAGAAAAGCACAUGCGAGAGAUCCAGGCCCUGCACUCCCGCCAGAAGGAGGAAAUAGACCGUCUCUUCACCAGGCUGGGAAAGGUUCCUCCACCUGCAGUGCUCCCUCCAGUGAUAGGCUUGACUGGCAGGAGGCGACGGCCUACCAAAAGCAAAUCCUCCAAAUCGUCCAGAACCAGCUCCACACACAGCAGCAAGAGUCCAUUACAGCCAGGCAGCACUUUAUCCGCCCAGAGCGUCCCCACCAUGUACCCCGGCCAGCUGGCUCUGUUAGCCCCAGGAGGAUUAGCCGAUUCGGGCAGCAGCACUCUGCUCCAGCCACUCAAACCCUCUCCCUCCAGCAACAAUCUGUGCUCGGCCUACACCAGCGAGGCGGCGCUCUCUGUGCCCAGCCUGUGUGCUCCCACCCCAGGCUGUGUAAAGUUCAGCUGGGGUUCGGAGCGUUUGGCCUUCAAGCCUGGCGGCAGGAGGACGCGCUUUCUGAGUACGCCCUGCUUGGCUCUUUGGAAGAUGGUGAAAAAAGUCUGCCCCUGCAACCAGCUCUGUAGGACUAAUAGCACCAAUGCAGUGAGCGGUUCAGGCGGUUUGGGUCAGAGCCAGGGGGGUUCCCAGUGUCUGCCCCCCAACAUGUCAGCCCCCCACCAGAGGAAAGGAACCUUCACCGACGACCUCCAUAAACUGGUGGACAACUGGGCCAGAGAUGCCAUGAACCUCUCACAGGGUAAGAGGAGUGCCAAACAGCUGCAGCAGGCCCCAGUACAGGGGCACAGCUAUGAGGUGAUCCAGUCAGCCAGUCUGAGCAGGAAGUACUCGGCUCCUAGCCAACUGUGUCCCAGCAGCAUUGGAGGUUCAGCCCACCUCCCUACAAACUCCACCACCGCUACCUCUCUGGCCGCCCGCAAGGGCUCCCUGUGCCACACCCCUGCCACCUCCACUCCACCUCAAUCCCAACCUCCUCAGUUCAUCCCCUACACCCCAACUGCCGCCUACAGCGCACAAUGGUCUGGUCCAGCUCACGGCCUGUCGACCCCACACCAGGCCCCAGCACAGCCUGGGCCUCUACUGGUCAGCACCUCCCAGCCCCUGGGCCCCUACCCCACCACGGUUGGUGGACAGGGCCAGAUUCCCGGGCAGGGGCCGCUCCAGGCUUUCCAUCUGACCAACUCUCUCCAGAAGUCGGUCAGCAACCCAGGAGGACCCAACCUGAGGACCACGUAGGGCUGGGGGAGAGGGCUGGUUUGAAUCACGGCCCGGCUGGACUGGACUGGACUGGACUGGUGAGGAACAACAGAGUGUUACGAGCUCGAUCGGCUGGAGAGGUUGGAAGAACUGGAGGGCGAGGAGUUUGAAAGUACAGAAGCUGCCCUGUUCAAGAGGAGAAAAGAAAAGGAGGAGCGACAAAGUCAGGAAUGCUAUGUGGCCACAUCUCCGCAGUUUGUGCGACGCAUCUCGCCUUUGCAUCCAUCCGUGUGUGAGAAGCCGUCUCAGACACAAGUGCUGCCACACAAUCUCCCUCUCUGCCGUGUUUAGACUGUGGGCUUGUGACAGCCAGCCAAAUGCUCAAGGAUACAGGAAGAGACUCAUGAGUGCAAUGUUAUAAGGCCAAAGAGGUUUUGACAGGGUGCGGGACAGGUGUUAGUAACUGUUUGUGUGUGAGGUAUUGUGUAUGCGCACUUACGGCUCAGUCGCACUUGUUCCAUUUCAUGCUCUAAAUUGAGUGAACAAGUCUGUACAAGGCAGGUCACACGAUUACCCUCGUGAGACAACGAAGGGGAGACGGUACAUCAGGAUGAGGGGGAUGGAUGUGUUGGCCAGCUUUAACGCCUUUGUGUCCUCACAGCAGCUCUUAAUAGUUUCUGUUAAAACACUUCAGCUCUCAGAUUAAGGCAUGCACCAAUGCAGUUUUUCCAAAUGUAAUACAAGAAAGACAUUUGGCCUUCUAUAAAGAGGCAGCUGGUGGAUGCAGAGAGGAGCGUGGCUGGCCAUUACAUUAAGGUCCUCCUCUCUGAAAUCAAGCAGUAGCAGUAUUUCUGCUAGCAGUUUGCGUCCCUUAAAGGAGCAGUGUGUAGGAUUUAUGCCAUCUAGUGGUUAGGAUUGCAGAUUGCAACCAGCUGAAACUUCUCCAAUGUGCCAAGCAUGAACUCCCAGUUAGGAUUUCGUCAGUGUUUAUUGUGUAGGUUUUUUCAGGGAGCUGAAUCAUCCACAGAGGUCUCUUCAUUUCCAAAACAAACAGACCAAAUGAUUUUAACCAGUAGAAAUGCAGAAUAAAGCAGUUUGACAUUAAAAAUCAGUGUUUAUCUGAGGUUUUUGGCUGGUAACUAUGAUGGCCAACGCAAAAUAACUUACGGCCCGAUCUAGAUCUCGUGUUUAGUUAGUCCGUUCAUGGCUGCUGUUGAAACAUGGCGGACUCCGUGGAUGUCGAUGUAGAUAUAAACCGCUCAUUCAAAGGAGCCAAUAUAUCCCUCUAAAUCCUACACACUGGCCCUUUAAAUGUAUGAUCCAAAGGAAGGACGCAGAUAGCAGCAGGUUAAAGCUUUGAUAUCAGGUGAGAGCUGAAUGGACAGAUGCUUCGAGCAGAAUCCUAAGUUCAGAAAGUGUUUUAUCUUCAGUAUUUAGAAUUAGGAAAUGUUUCCUCAACCAUUCAAAGCACAAAAAAAGAACAAAUCAAAUGCACAUUGAGAAUUUGAGCGCCCGGAGCCGAGCCGACCUCGAGCCCGGUUCAAGAGUAAAGUAGUAGCACUUGGUGAGGUUAGGACUCGUCAGCCUGAGAGAAAUCGUGACAGAUCCACCUCCGUUACCUUCCGUGUCUUGUUCCUCCCUCGUUCUGACAAAGCAUUCAAACAGACGGAGAGAGAUGGAGGGAAGAAAGUGGAUGAAGAGCGAGAGCAGCGAGAGAGUGUUUGUGUUAGAUAACAGUCAUACACCUCAUCUGUUUUCCCGCUCCACUGCUUACUUUAGGAACACACUGGCCGCGUGAGCCGUCGCCCGAGUACUGAAAGGGCAGGACAGAUGCCUCUGCACACCAAACGCCUCUUCACCGUCACGACUCCACCUCUUCCUCCAUCCCUCUCUCCGCCUCUCUGUUGCCAUUUGAAGCAAUAACAGCAGAAACCUUUUAGAGAUAAAAAAAAAAAGCCCAAACAUGAGAGAACUCAGCGUGAAAAAAGUGGCCUUGUUAUCAGAAUAAUAUCAGUCCCUGUACAGUUUGUGUUCAUUUUUUAGAAUGUCAGCCAUGAUGAUUCCAUUUUGUGUUUUAUUUUGGUUUCGUUUUGUCGGGUUUGUUUUUGCUCACACACACACACACACACACACACACACACAAUGCAUGAGACAUUCAUAUGAAUACACACCUGCAUACACACACACAGUCAUGUAAAUACACACACAUUGUCGGAGGCGUAGCAGCCGUUCAACAGACAGAUUCACAGACUAAUGCCUCAGUUGUCAGUGUCAUCAUUAGGUUGGGUUUCAGCAUUCGUGUUGGAAUGAUUGCAAUGUACAUUGUCGUCAUAAUUAUUGUUGUUAAUGGUUAUUAUUCUAUUUAAAAAGAAACAAAAACAAAAACGUGUUCUGUCGAUGGACCUGUUAUACGCGCACAUCAGUGUACGAUGUGGAAACACUGUGAUUAUUGUUGUUUAUUAUUAGCAAAUGUUGUUGGACAACAUUAGUUUUAGGGUGAAAUGUCACAAAUUUAAAACAAGGAAAAAACAGAAUCAUACAGAGAACGGGUCGGGUCCUUUCACUUUCAAUUCACUGCUCUCAGCAAAUGCAUUCUCAUCAAAAUGUGAAAAUUGAGAACACCUCUCUUCAAUAAUGGUCCUCACAUCCAGAUACAGAGGACACGAUUUUAAACAAAUGCCUUACAGACAACUAAUCAACCGCAGUUCCUUUUUUUUAACUGAUUGAAUUGAAAGUCGAAACUGACCUCCAGGCCCAAUUACAAAGACAAACCGGAGUGAACGGCAGGAUAGUUGAUAUUUAGAUAAUAAAGUAAUGCUAGCUAUUUUUUUUUCUUAAUACAGUACUUAUAUAUCAGACACUUUAAAUAGCCCUCCUCUUCCCUUUCUCCCCUGGUUUUGUUAGAUGAAUGUGAAUGUAUAAACCAAUGGUGUCCAUUUUAAUGUACUUGAAAAAAAAUGUCUCUUUUAUUUUUGCUUUCUUUUGCUUCCCCUGAUCCCCCUCUAGAGCCUCCGGUGAAUGCCGGAGGUAGUUAUAGUGCCUUGCAUCCUUCCUGUUGCUUGUUUCAUCGGUGGUUGAGGACUUUGGUUAAAGUCAUUAUGCGUGACAGCAUGUGGGUGGAGUUUUGAGGGGUGUCACUUUGAAGUUGGUGGUUAUAAUUGGACGACCUGGUGUUAGUUGAGCAGGUGUGCAGUAGAUUGGUGGAGAUGCAGUAAUUAUGGCUGUUGUUAGCUGCCACUGUGUGCGCUGUAGCUGGUUUGUGUUUGAUUCUAUUUGAUUUCAACUAAGAGUGUGUUUUCCCCAUAAAGAAAGAAUCUUUCUCCAUGUUGGAUUUAAAAUAGAUAAAUGAAAAUCAUUUCUAUUGAAGGAUAACAUUGGUAUUUUUCAACCUGGACCCUUUUUUCCUGUGUUUUUGUGUCCAAGUGACUCAUGGGAACAUUAAAGGUGUUUGUUUUUGCCACUGACAGGCUCAGAUUGUUAUCGUUAGAGUCUGACAACAUUAUGGAAAGGAUCCCUACAGAGAAAGAUCUUUUUGUUUAAGAGUAAGAUCCAUUUUCUUUAAACUAGAAUCAGCCCUGAAAUCGCCAUCACCAAUUCCACCAGACUCCAUUUAAAUAGGCAUUCAUUUUAGUGUGUAUAGAGUCAGCAUAUUUUCACAUCUAUUUGGGUGAAUUAAGGGUUUAUUUCGAUCAAACCAGAGUUAGUGAUUGUUGGAACAUUGGGAUGACGAACCAGGAUGGCUUUUGUGAGUUAUAUUUUUUUUCUGUCAACUUUGAAUGAAGUGUGUUUUAUGAUGAUAAAAUAACUGUUUUUUAAAUGGAGUCUGGUGGGUUUGGUGGUUGUGAUUUCAGGCCUGUUUCUGGUUCAACAAAACCAUGUCAGACACUUAGAGUAACAAUCUGAGUCUGUCAGUGACAAAACAAGCACCUUUAGUGAACGUAAAUUGACAGAGCGGAAAUGCCCCUAGUGGUUACAUUGCAGCCUGUUUUGCUGCUGCUGGCUGCGAUGCUAUCACUCAGCACUGCACCACUUUCAACAAAUUGUUGUUCCCAUUAGUCACUUAGACACAAAAAUACAGGGAAAUAUGGUCCAGGUUGAAAAACACUGAAGUCACUCUUUGACCGUAUCACUUAGCUCUCUGAAUUGAUAGAAAGACGAAUUGACCUCAACUCUGGUGCCAUUUAAACCAAUGAGACUGACCAUUUACAACCGACAAAGGCCACCAUUUGAAGUCAGUGUUGUUUCUGUGAAAUGAGGCUUUACCUCCACAUGAGGUCUGGCUGUGUUACACCACCAAUGUGAUGAAAUUUGGGGAGAACAGGAGAGUUUAUCAGUGCCAUUUUUUCAGGGUUUUAAAUGUAGAUAUUUGGGGGGAAGGGGCCGGAAUAUUCUUUUCUUAAGUUUUAAGGAGGGAGUUGAUUGUAUUUGAAGCUUGGACCACUCUGUAUUUAAGAGGCACUGGCCCUGGUGCAGCAUAGAGUCAGCAGAGGACGCAUUGGUACAGUGAACUAAAGUUACUUUCUUUUAAUGUUGAUGUAUUUCUAAUGUAGCAUAGAUUUUCGUUACCAAAACAUCAGUCUAAUCCUUUUUUUGACCUGCAUGUAAAAUAGCUGAAAUCAAAGGACUGGUAGUGAAGGUAGAGGUCGUGGUGUUUUGCCCUUCUAUCAGUUGAAGUGGGUGCUGCUCUGCUCUAAAGGUCCAGUUGGCUUGUAAAACAGUGUGAGUGGCUCAUGAUGAUGUCGUGGCGUCUGGAUUAUUAAACGAUAAAUGAACAAUCAGAUUUGACUGUAACCAAAUAAGCCACCAACUGUCCAACUGAGCUCCACCUGUAUCAAACAAUCACAGCAUUUACAUGCACCAAAUAUUCCGUUUUUUGCCCUUAUUCCGAAAAAGGCAGUAUUUCUGUUAAGCUGUUUACAUGUCGAAUGAAAAAGCCGUGCAUACUCACAUUAAUGUGCUCUCACAUGUCGUUUAUCUCAUCUAAAACUGGAAAAGUGAAACGGCACUAGCUGCAUCAAAAUAGGAUUUACUUCAAAUACUUUCCCAUCAGUGACGGACUUGUUCGACGAACACAGCCUCCCUUUUUCAUUCCUUCAACCGCAUUCUUGAAAAGGUUGGCGUAUUCGCGAACAUCCAAAAAACCUGUUGAUACCCAAGCCUUUCAUAAUGUUUAAAAGUUUCUUCCGAUCAGAGACAUGGGCUUGUUUUUUGUGCUUGCAUUGCUACACCAGCCUUGCAGCUGUGAGAUGGCUUGUGUGAAACGUAUUCUUGACAACACACAGGGCCGAUCAAAAACAGGCAAGAGGCUGUGUGUUGCAAACUGCAGUGCAGCUGAGACACAUGUUUCAAAUGUGCGGUAUACAGGCCCAAAGAAUGCUCCUAAAACCCAAAUAAUAGUGGCGUAUCCCACAUCUUAAUUAUUGGGAAUAUCCAAACAGAAUAUGCUUUUUACAUGAACUGAAUCAAAUUCAGAAAACUGUCAUAAUCUGAAUAAAAGUGGAAUAUUAGUGUGCAUGUAAGUGUCGUCACUGAGAGCAGAGCAGAGAAUCAAAGAUGUAAAAUAAUAACUAUAAUAACUGCCCAAACCUUUGUAUGAAAUUGUGUUUUCACGUAGAAACCCAUCACUCAUAGUAGAAGCUAACUGACGAAAUAUGUUUCAAGGCCAUCUUGCUCCUGUAGUGUAACCCAUCGUUAUCCAACUGUUGGCUUCCUUACUUUUUUAGAACCAAAAAGCAUUUACGAGGCCAGCAGCACUGUGCUGUCUUUUUAACAGAUUCCUCAUCUGAGAAUUGCUGCUAUUGGGCAAAAAAAAGUCUGCAAAAAGGUAUGAAUAUCACCCACUCCUGUUGUCACUGUACGUUUCUGAAGCUGCACCAUGCAAACCAGAACUGUAAGUGUUAGAGUGGAUGUAUACAUCAGGGCAUCACAGUGCUGGGGGUGGUGUUGGCGGUGGGUAGAAUGAGCACAGUGGUGGUUACGGUGAUUGUAUUGGUAGUGAUGGAAGUGAUAGUGAAGAUGGCGGUUUUCGAUUCAAGGCCUUUGACACCCUGUCCUCUUUUUUCUCUUUUCAUUUGUCUGUGCAAAUGAAACAUAUCUGGUACAAACUUUGACAUUCAAUUAAAACUGCUUUUUUUUGUCGUUUUUUGGGUGUUCUGGAUGAAACGGUUACUUUGUAGAGUUUGUACAAACAAAACACAUCGCUUUUGCUUGUUUUAUUGUGGGAUUUUUCUUCCAUUUCUCAUGAAUAAUAAUGCAACAUUUUUACUACUAGGCAAGUUUGGUUGAAGCUGUGAAUAAUCGUUGAGCCACUUUGCUUUUUAGUUCUGAUCUGUUAGAAGAAGUCAAACCUUUAAUGAUGUCACCGACUCAGUGCCAUUUGACUUGUAGUCAGUGGAGUGGAAACAUCAGAGGUAAAUAAAUUCAGUGUAUUUUUACUGCUUUUACUCACUGGAGCUGUUUUGGUUGCCAGGUUACAUCCUGGAUUUUCACUUUGCAACUGCUCGAGCGUCAAAUGAUUUCCACAGUAGCAGUUUGUUUUGCAGUGUCUCGCAAUUACUACGAAAGGAAUGGCUACUGUGCAGCGGCUACAAUGCAAUAUUAUUUAAAGUUACAGUGUGCUAUCAAGCUCUGAGGUUACAGUUGGGUUUGACCGUUACGCCCCCUGCUGGAGGACUGGGUGCAAUUAUCGUGAAGUUCUUUUAGAAUUGUGGUGGAGGACUCUUACUGUGAAAGGCUCCAGAGUUAUCCAGUGCGGACACUCUUAUUGUGAAGUUUCCUGAAGUUAAAGUGGGAAAGUAGGAUUCUUUGUUUUUUCGGGUGACACACACAUAGUGUAGCAAUAGUUGUUUCGGACUCACUCGCAUUAGAUUCAGUUUUCAGCCUGAUCAGGACUCGCUAACCUUUACGCUUUUUACUGUAGAAGUGCCCACGUGUAAAAAAUGCCUUUCAGUGCACCAACACAUCCACACACACUCACACUCACACACACACACACACACACAUACAGAUUGACUCAGUGCAUCUCCUUGCUGUUUCAUGUAGCUUGCUCCUGUGGAAUGAUGUCGAGUCUCACAGCAACAGUUCUCUCCAGCUGUUACUGGAAACCUUUCUCUCAACACGUUGAUCAUGUUUCUGGUUUUCUCUGAUGCUCUCAUGUUUCAUUUUUUAUUUCUCACUUGUUUUUAUCAGCAGUUGUAAUGUCUCUAGCGGCACCUAACUUAAUUCAGUGGUUUCAUUUUUCUGUAUCGUGUUUGACAUUGUACAAAGGUUGGAUAAAAAAAAAACAUGGAUGAAUGAAUGAAAGGAAAACAAACAAAAAAAAUACAUGUAGGGAGUCAUCGGCAGCCUUUAACGGUAUGUUUUGCACUAAGUAUAGAGUGUUCAAGCUUCAUAUUAAAAAAAUUUGCGCUUUGCGCUACAAUACAAUGAAAUUUGUUACUUUAUUUGUAAAAACUUAAUAAAUAAAAGUUGUUUAAAUGAA